UCCAAGGCAAUCAUUAAGAUAGUUAGAUUUGUUGAGCCAGAUCUCAGUUCAACCAGCACAGACGAUACAGUGUUGCUGUCUGAUAACACAGAUUCACCAGAGCGUCUUUGCCGAUGGCCAGAGAUCUUUGUUAUUCCAACAUUCUCCUAUGAGGUGGAGCAUGCUCUAAGAGAGGGCAACUCUGCAUUUGUCAAAGAGGGGAAAACUGUAAGCUUAACUAGGGAUCAAAAACGCAACAUACUGGAAGGAAUGGCUGCUGAAAUAUACAAGCAUAAAGCAUAUCCUAGUACUAAAAAUAUUGUCAUGGCUGCAGAGGCUCUGGUGAGUGUCUAAAGGAAAAAGGUUCCAAAACGGGGUAUGAGGGUUGGAAGAACAGCUUGCGCUUCAAGAUGGGCAACUACAGGACCAAACUGAGCAGGGCUGGCAUUAAGGACGUGGCUGUGAAUGCGGGAAAGCGCAGCAGGACCUAUCCAGAAGGUGUAGCAUCCGGGGCCAACAUCAAAAGACCCAGAAGAGGAGAAAUAAACUUCCUGCCCAAUUAUCCCCAAGGAGAAACCAAGGACACACUGGAGAACCAGAGGCUUGAGAUGUUGGAGCAGUUCAAGAAGACAGUGAUUGAUAGAGACAUGAUUAUGAUCCAUCAACAUAUGCAGCGCACCUUUGCACUCAGGCGUGAAGAAAUUGUGAAUUCAGCUCCUCCCAUUGCUGAACUGAAAGACAGAUGGCCUGCACUCUUUUGUGAAGCCCAACUCUACAGUGAAUUCCACAGGAUCACCAAUCAAAAUCUACCGUAUUCCUUCUUUGCUGCACUUGACAAGUACACACCUCAGCUGUUGAAGCUCUACAAAAAAAGGAAGAAUGGAAGUUUUGGCGAAAAGAUGCAAGACGUUUUGAUGGCAUAUGAGGAACAGGACAAGAACAACAUCACUGCAGCUCGAACAGCAGCCCUGGCCGGCCUACCACUGUACUUAAAGGAGGAUUCAUCAGAGGUCUUCAAAACCUGCAAGGAUGAGUUGGAGGCAAACCAGGAUGGAGCAGUGGCUCUGGUGGCAGUGGUGAAUGAAGAGGAGGUGCCUGCUGGAGUUCCCUUUGAAACUCACCAUGUGUCAAUUGUCCUUGAGGAUCAGGUUGUAAUGUCUCACAGAUCUUGGACUGAUUCACUGGUGGUUUUGUUUGGACUGAUCUAUGCCGUUCAUUUGAGCUAUCCUGAGAAACUAAGUGGCUUCUUUGAGUUCAUCCAGGUUGUCCUCUUAAACCUUGAUGGAAGAAAGCAGCUUAAACCUAAGUUACAAGCCUUGAGAAAUGAGCUAGAGUAAAGGUGUUAACAUGUUCUUUUGUUGAAGGUCAGUAGGGUUCUGAAAAUCUUCUGGCUUGCAUACCAAAACUGUUUCGGUUUAGAUUUCUGUGUUGAAACAGAAACUGGUCUACACAAUUACAGCUGGGUUGGUUGGCUUUCUACUUAAGCUGUAGUGAGAAACGCGGGCAAUGAUUAAUAAUGUUGUAAUGUUUUCAGUUUAAAGGUAUUUUUGUACUAGAUUUCUGUGUUAAAACAGAUACUUGUCUACACAAUUACAGCUGGAUUGGUUGGCUUUCUACUUAAACUGUAGUGAGGAACAUGGGCACUCAAUAAUGUAAUGUUUUCAGUUUAAAGGUAUUUUUGUACUAGGUUUCUGUGUUGAAACAGAUACUUGUCCACACAAUUACAUCUGUCUUUGUUGGCUUUCUACUUAAGCUGUAGUGAGAAACACUAAUAUUGUAAUGUUUUCAGUUUAAAGGUAUUUUUGUGCCAGUACAUACAUGAUCAAUAAUAGCAUUUAAUUUUGUUUUUAUUUUUAUGAGUGUUAAUUUCAUAGUGUUUCUGACAAACACGUUAUUUUGAGAGCUGUGGACAUUGAAAUGUUUUAACAUUGUUAUUCAGCAUUCAACUAAAUAAAUAGCUGAAGUUGUGUCAGA